AUGGACGCUCAGCUGCAGUCAACCCCGACCCGGACUCUGUGGAUUGGAUCCAUCCCGUCGACGACCACUCCGGCGGCGAUCCUGAGUGUCUUCAGUCCUUAUGGUCCUAUCGAGUCUGCGCGUGUUCUCACUCACAAGAACUGCGGCUUCAUUAACUUUGAGCGUUUGGACGACGCUGUGCGUGCCCGAAAAGCGCUCAACGGGCGUGACAUCCUUGGUAGCGACGUCGGCGCGAUCCGCAUCGGCUUUGCCAAGGUUCCGGUCAAGAAUGCCGCCGAGGGCGCGUCGAACGAGGACAGCGCAGCACCGUCGCUCCCCGUCAGCGGAAUUGGAGAGCUCAGCGUCGGAGCGUCUAUCCACGCCCUGCGCAACGUCAAGGGUGCCUCGGCCAUCCCGACCGACCAGUAG